GGCAAUGGUAAUCUAGUAAAAUUAGAAAAUUUCAGUGUCAGAAACAAAGACGUGACCUCCAAUUGGCUAUUAAAGCACUCUCACGCAUUUCAAGGUUGUUACAGCAAAUUGCUCAACUGGAUUGGAUUCGAUUAGCUUCCUCUUAGACAUAUAUACCCUUACUCUUUUAAUCUUAUUUCAUUUCGUUGAUAUAACCGAGAGAAAAUCUUCCGAAUACGCCAUUGUCACGCUUUUCUUCACUUUCUGUUUCAACUACGAGCUUCUUUGUUGGUGACUUAAUGGCGAUCCGAAGAGCUAUGUCUGGUCGCAUCAUGGAUCGGACGGCCGUCGUUGGUGCGCGAUACAUGUCAUCGUGGUGGCGUAGCGUUCAACCCGCUCCCAAGGAUCCUAUUCUUGGUGUUACGGAGGCUUUUUUGGCCGAUCAAAGUCCCGAUAAAGUUAAUGUUGGAGUCGGUGCUUACCGUGAUGAUAAUGGAAAGCCAGUUGUUUUGGAAUGUGUUAGAGAAGCCGAGCGAAGGAUUGCUGGGAAUUUGAACAUGGAAUAUCUUCCUAUGGGAGGAAGCGUGAAGAUGGUGGAAGAAACACUGAAGUUGGCCUAUGGUGAGAAUUCUGAGUUGAUAAAAGAAAAAAGGAUAGCAGCAGUUCAAGCUCUGUCUGGGACUGGUGCAUGCCGACUGUUUGCAGACUUUCAAAAGCGUUUUUGUCCUGACUCCCAAAUCUAUAUACCAGUCCCUACUUGGGCCAACCACCACAACAUUUGGAGAGAUGCUCAGGUCUCUCAGAAAACCUACCAUUAUUAUCACCCAGAGUCGAAGGGUCUAGAUUUUGCAGCAAUGAUAGAUGACAUUAAGAAUGCUCCAAAUGGUUCAUUCUUUCUACUUCAUGCAUGUGCUCAUAACCCCACUGGCGUGGAUCCUUCAGAGGAGCAGUGGAGAGAAAUCUCACACCACAUCAAGGCGAAAGGUCAUUUUGCCUUCUUUGACAUGGCGUAUCAAGGCUUUGCUAGCGGUGACCCAGAGAAAGAUGCAAAGGCCAUCAGGAUUUUUCUUGAGGAUGGUCAUCACAUAGGAAUUGCACAAUCAUAUGCAAAAAACAUGGGACUCUAUGGCCAGAGGGUAGGAUGCCUCAGUGUGCUUUGUGAAGAUAAAAAACAAGCAGUAGCUGUAAAAAGUCAACUGCAACAGCUUGCGAGACCUAUGUACAGCAACCCACCUGUUCAUGGUGCUCUCAUAGUUUCAACCAUUCUUAGUGAUCCAGACUUGAAGAAACAAUGGCUGAAAGAAGUUAAGGUCAUGGCUGAUCGCAUAAUUGGAAUGCGAACUGCUUUACGAGGGAACCUUGAAAAGCUAGGUUCUCCAUUAUCAUGGCAGCACAUUACUAAUCAGAUAGGAAUGUUUUGCUAUAGUGGGUUGACACCAGAACAAGUGGAUCGCUUGACGAACGAAUUUCACAUCUAUAUGACUCGCAAUGGUCGAAUCAGUAUGGCUGGUGUUACAACGGGAAAUGUUAAAUAUUUGGCAAAUGCGAUUCAUGAAGUCACAAAAUGAGGACUGGAAUAGGAAAGAGGUAAAGAUUGGAUCGGUAUCUGAUUUUGCCUACAAAGGAUGGUUGGUUCAUUCCAAUAAUAUGGGGAAGUCCUUACUAGUUAAAUAAUUCAAGCAACUCGUAUGUAUCUUUGCUUGAGAAACAAAACAAUGUAACUAAUUGAUGCCAAUUCCAUUCAUUUCUCUAUGGUAGCAACAUGAUAGAAAUUUUGUGUGUAGCCUUUGGGAACUAAUGUUUCAUAAUUUAGUGUGAUUUGGGUAGUAAACUAUUUACAAGUCUAUCUAAUAAUGAAUUUGAAAUCUUUAAAAUA